AUGAGCUCUUCUGAUACCAUUAAAGCUCAGAAACUUAGCCAUGGAACCUUUGUAUACCGUCCUACCGACGAGGAGCUGAGUACAGGCUCUCUUUGGGAGAAACUUUCGAAUUUCGGCGAAAACCUUUACUGGAUGUAUUACAUACAUCUGCCAUAUUACCUGAUGACUUCGGGCGAUGCAUUCGGUCUGCAUUCGUUUUUCCUGGCGAUGUUCACGCUGGGGCUCUUUGGGCUGGUCAAGUACAUUUUUCUGUGA